UACCAGACCCUAUGUAUCCAGAGACAGUGUGUUAUGUCGGCCUACGUGUUUAACCAUAGUUGAACUAAAGUGAAAAAUAAACCAAAUUGCCUCUUGUGUGAACAGAACCAAUCAUGCAGCGCCGAAUGACGUCAAAGACGCUUUAAGUACAUUUUCGCGUCACCGUUCCAACACAACCGCAAAGACCAUGGGAACGCUGUCAUCGGUACAGAUCGCAGUUCUUCUGUGUUUUGGGUUCUGCCUGACAAAUGCAACUACGCAAACUGGAAAUGUCCUUUCCAAACAGUUGGAAUUGUAUGUACUGAAUCACAAAUUGUCGUCUCUGAAACAACACUUGUUAGCAGAAUGUUCGGGUCUGGUUCAAAAAUUGACAGGACUUAACUACCCUCCUGAGUUCGGCCGGCGGCGGAAUACUGAGACUGCUUUGGAUAUGGAACUGAAGUUUACUGCUGCCGUCUACCGCGAGCUGUCUGCAAAGUAUGUACAGUGUAAAAUUGCAGCCUCAGCCCAACAAAAAUCAACAACUAUGUCGGUUUCCAUGUCGACCAGAAAGACGACGGUGUUGAAGACAACUACGUCGAUGUCAACAACAGAGAAGUCAAGCACAGUACCUUCGUCUACAGCCAUGACAACUGUUAAACCGACUCUAAUGGCAUUUCCAGGCCUUCCGAAUCCCCUUGGUUUCUGGGCCAUGGAUUCGAAGAAUGGACUGAAGGACCUUAGUGGUAACGGUAACGACGGCGUGACAUAUAACACCAGCUUCGCACCUGGACCGGACGGGAAGGAGGGGGGCGCCAUAUUGUUUAGAGGUAGAGACGACUCUUUCGGACAUAUUCCAAAGAGAAACACUUCCUUGUUUAAUAGAAAAGGUUCUGUAACCUUGAUGUUUUGGCUGAUGCCGACACACUUGCGCGAUUGGGAAAUGCCUUUGGGGUUUAUAGAUGACCCUAAAAGCAACAAACUUGGUAUUGUUUAUUGGAUUCAUCAAAAUUACAUGGAAAUAGAUGAUAAGAAUAUGACCCAUAGCAAAAUGUUUAAAACAGUGCUGGGUUACUGGUUGAGAAUAGUGGUGCAGUAUCAUCAGGCGUCAGAGCUGUACACAGUGCGGGCUGGAGGUCUGAGCUCCACUCUUACCAGGGUCAUUUCUACUGUGCAGCCUGGAGGAGGUUUUUUCGAUACAAACUACCACCUUUACCUUGCUCGAUCCAAGAUAAGAUUCAAUUCUUACGACAAUUUCCAGGGACGUAUGUCAUGUCUCCAAAUAUACGGAGACAUUCUCUCGGAUGACCAGCUUAAAACUGCGUUUCGGCUGUGUUAGAAGUUGUUGGGGACUAAAUCCCUACCGAAAGUUUCGUUUGUUCGGGGGAUU